UUUCAGUAACAAACGGCAACUCUCAGGAAUAAAAUCGUCGUCGCUCCGCUCGUUAAAUUCUCGUUGCUUUUCCACCCACAUAAAAAAUCAGGAUAAAUUGUUAGUAGUCUAAAAAACAGUGCGGAUUGCAUAAAUUCAAGCGGAGCACCGAUUGGAAAAACACCCACGGAAAAAACUAUGUGAUGUUAAAUACGUUUUUGUGUCGAGUGCAUAAUUUGUUGUAAUUAAAGUUCAACUGCAAAUGCAAAAAGACGAAAUAUAUAAUAAUUUAUAGGUGUUUGUGAGUGUUUGCGCCCCCUCUCCUGUGCAACGUGUGGGAAAGAGAGAGAGGGAGUGAGAAAGAGGGAACGUGACCGAGUUGCCAUGAAAACUCCAAUGGAAAUUCAGCAUAACUGCUGACACACUAAACAAAACUGAAAAAAGAACCAAGGGCGAAAGCUGUUUAUUUUGUUUAGGCACCUAAGUUUGGCCAAAUUAUAAUCAAAAAACGAGUGGCGAAAAAAACAGCAAGUCAGAGAGAGCGCUCGACGUUCGGCCCCAAGGUCGUGGGCCCAAACCCCCAGGAUCCAUUUCCAACAACCCCAUCCAACCACCCGAGAAACCAGAAUGGAUGACGAUCAGCAGUUUUGUUUGCGGUGGAACAACCACCAGAGCACACUGAUCAGCGUGUUCGACACGUUGCUGGAGAACGAGACUCUAGUCGAUUGCACGCUAGCCGCCGAGGGCAAAUUUCUCAAGGCCCACAAGGUGGUGCUGUCAGCAUGCAGUCCCUACUUUGCUACCUUACUACAAGAACAGUACGACAAACAUCCCAUCUUUAUACUCAAGGAUGUCAAGUACCAAGAGCUGCGCGCCAUGAUGGACUACAUGUACCGCGGCGAGGUCAAUAUCUCGCAGGAUCAGCUGGCCGCUCUGCUCAAGGCCGCCGAAUCGCUUCAGAUCAAGGGCCUUUCGGACAAUCGCACUGGCGGCGGAGUAGCUCCCAAGCCAGAGUCCUCCGGCCAUCAUCGCGGCGGUAAGCUGAGCGGUGCCUACACACUGGAGCAAACUAAGCGGGCUCGACUGGCCACCGGCGGAGCGAUGGAUACGUCUGGCGAUGUGUCCGGUUCGCGCGAGGGCUCCUCGAGUCCGUCGCGUCGUCGCCGAAAAGUCCGACGUCGCAGCAUGGAGAAUGAUGCCCACGACAACUCAAACUCGUCCGUGUUACAAGCCGCCGCCUCGAAUCAGUCAAUCCUCCAGCAGACAGGGGCCGGUUUGGCCGUCUCCGCUUUGGUCACCACCCAGUUGUCCAGCGGACCGGCAGCCGGAACCAGCAGCCAAGCGUCGUCGACCCAACAACAGCAGCCAUUGACCAGCACCAACGUUACCAAAAAGACUGAAAGCGCUAAACUAACAUCCUCGACAGCCGCCCCAGCGAGCGGAGCAUCUGCGUCAGCGGCUGUACAACAGGCCCAUCUGCAUCAGCAGCAGGCGCAGACCACAAGCGAUGCCAUUAACACCGAGAAUGUACAAGCCCAGAGCCAAGGUGGCGCCCAAGGCGUCCAAGGCGAUGACGAGGACAUUGAUGAGGGUAGUGCCGUUGGCGGACCAAACUCGGCCACCGGACCCAAUCCCGCCUCCGCCUCUGCAUCCGCCGUCCAUGCCGGAGUUGUGGUAAAGCAGCUGGCCAGCGUUGUGGACAAAUCGUCGUCGAAUCACAAACAUAAGAUCAAAGACAACAGCGUGUCAUCAGUGGGCUCCGAAAUGGUUAUUGAACCCAAAGCCGAAUACGAUGACGAUGCGCACGAUGAGAAUGUUGAGGAUUUGACACUGGACGAGGAGGACAUGACAAUGGAGGAGCUGGACCAGACGGCCGGCACCAGCCAGGGUGGCGAAGGAUCUAGUCAAACAUAUGCAACAUGGCAGCACGACAGAUCUCAGGAUGAACUUGGACUAAUGGCACAGGAUGCACAGCAACGGGAUCCCCAAGCAUCCAAGCAGGACAAGGGCGAGCAGACCGAAGGAGCACAGGAUGAAUUCGAACUGGACGACUGUUUGCUGGAGAGCAACGACAUAGUCAUCACCCAGAACAAGGAUGGAUUCGUGUUGCACGUAAAGAAGCUGGGUAACAUUACGGCUGCCAAGCUGGAGGAGAACCAGGCGGUGGCACAACAACAGGGCCAAGCGGCAGUGACUGUCACCGGGCCGGCUGGACAACCCACGCCCACAAUCACGGAACUCUUGAAUGCCGCCGCCGCUUCGCACUCGGAACCCAAACCCACACUGACCACUCUGACCAGUACGCCCAUUAAAUUGCCGUCAUCGGAAUGCGAACUUAUCAACAUUAAAAAGAUUAUACCGGCAACCACAACAAUUGCCACACAUCAUCCGCACACGAGUUCGACAAUCAUACAUCCCCAUCACAUCAUUCAGCAUGUGUCCCAGGAACCGCACCACCAGGAGCACCAUCAGCAGCAUCAGACUAUUCACAUUGAGGAGGUGCCGCAGACUUCGCAACAGCACCACCAGCAGCAGCAUCACCACCAGCUUCAGACGGUCCAACCGACCCACACCCAAGUACAAAGCAUAAUCACAGCUCAUCCGGGCCAGACUAUAAACCUGGUGGGUCUGCGCAAUGUGCAGUUGGCCGAUUCGAAGCCCAUAGCCUCGAGGAUACGAUAUUCUCGUGGAAAGAUCAUCGGGCCGACGGUACAAAACCUGCAGAUCGUGGAAACCCAUGAGCCCAUCCAGCAUCAACAUCACGAGCUGUCGGAUGGCACCAAGUAUGAGAUUAGCGAGAUUGAUCUGAACAAUCCCAAUGCAUCGGCGGCAAUCAUAAGUGACUUAGUGAAGUAUGCCGAGAUCGAUGAUAUCGAGCUGCCCGACGGCACUAAGAUUGGCAUCGGCUUUGCGCCCUCGGAGAUUACUGAGCAUAUGCAGACCUCCGGCGGAGAGACGCACAUCACUACAAUUGAGCACGAGCCGCAGGAACUGCAAACGGUCCAUCAGCACGAACAGACGCAGCAGACGCAUCACAUACAUGCCGGCCAACUGCAGACGCAUCAUAUCCAGACCGUGGUGCAGUCCAGCAGUGGCCAGCAGCAGCACGAUCAGCAGCAGCAUCAUCAGCACCAUAGCAUUGAGCUGCAGGACGACGAUGGUGUGGAGACAAUCACACCCGAAGAGCUUGGUAUGCACGAUUCGAGCAAGAGCUACACCAUUCUCACCACUCGUCCCAUGAAGGAGGAGUCGGAGCACGAUCCUUCGGGCAUGACCUACGAACUGUCGCUGAGCGACUCGUCUCUGGGUCCAUGCGAUGAUCCAGAGUCGCGGUAUGUGUGCCGCCAUUGCGGAAAGAAAUAUCGCUGGAAGUCGACGCUGCGUCGCCACGAGAACGUCGAGUGUGGUGGCAAGGAGCCGUGUCAUCCGUGCCCGUACUGCAGCUACAAGGCCAAGCAGCGGGGUAAUCUCGGAGUGCAUGUGCGCAAACAUCAUCCGGAGAAGCCGCAGCUAGAGAGCAAGCGAGGCCGCAAGGUCUAGGCGAAAGUUGGGAGGAUUGUGAGUACACAACUGUUGGGUGUAAAGAAGUAACCAUUUUUGAGGUUAAGACCAGUUUCAUUAUUAUUACAACUAUUUUGUAUCAUUUUAUAAACGUGUACACCCUAUUAAGCUUAAAGUUCUUAUUUGUUGAUUAUUUUUAUUAAGUUUAUAAGUUUUGACUUCCACUCGGUUCUCAAAGGUUCAAUUUUUCAAACAAACAAGCAUUGUGCGCACUCAAUUACAUUUUUAUCAGGCUUUAACUUUAAUGUCUUCAUAUUUAGUAGAAUUGGUUAUGUAUGUCCUUUAAUUCAUCGUAAUUUUCAAAAUUACAAAAAUCGAAGCCCCAACAAUGUCGACAAAAUGAAAACAAAAACUAAUGUGCAAGUAUUUUCAUGGAAAUAACACAAAAAAAAUAUAGGAUCAACUAUAUUAAUGGAAAAUAGAUUAACAUUAAGAAUAAUUAAAAACUUAUUUCUGUAUGUAUGUGUGUGUGCUCUCAAAAAAAUAUGAAAAUAUAUAUAAAAAAUCUUGAUUCAAAUCUAAGUUAUGUAGAAAAAUCUUAACUGAAGUCCUGAAAUUUUUUUAAUUUUUUACUGCAAUUCAACGUUGGUGCACAUAAAUUUCAUGUAACCUAUUUAAACAAAACCUAUCGACAUACAAAAAUUGAAGAAAAUUGUAAACUUAUCUAUAUUGGAGGCUUGCAAAAAUAAUUUUGUAAGAAUGCGUUUUCAAAUCUUUAUAUAUAUAUGAUAUAUGAAUAGCAUUCAAAAAAUAUGAGUGUAAGGAAGUUAUUUUUCUGUAAAUUGCAAAAACUUAACAAUCUACUCGAACUUAGUAAAAUUGAUUGUACAUCGGAAUAGCUGAGUAAAGUGUGAACAUUUUGAAACAUAUUUCCGCAGAAAAAAUAAAAUAUAACAAAAAUCUAAGCAAAUGUAUUAGAACAACAAAUAUACAUACAUAUUAUGUCUUUUUGCAGUUUUUUGUGUGUAAAUCAAUUAUUUGAUUGAAAUUAAACAUUUAUUAUGAAUACUUAUUCUAUAGAAAUUAUAUUUUGAAAACUAGUUGUAAAAACAAAAGGUCAAAAUAAAAUACUAUAAAAACCAC